GCGGGAAAUGAGCAUUUCCGGCUUUUGUAUAUAAUUAACAAAUGCAGUUAUAUAUAUUAUAUUAUAUUAUAUUAUAUAUAAACAGCAGGGUUUAACAUAAGACAUAAGAAGAAGACAUUUACUUCCACAUACUGCCGAAUACUAUAUCAUCUUUGUAAGAUUUAUUCUAUUUUUCAAUAGUUUCAAACACCUUGAGGUUAUUAUUUUGAAAAUUCUGACCGGAUGUUGCAGUCGUGGUGCUAACUUGACUGGUCGCUCAAACAACUAUCUUGACAACACAACCAGUUUAUUUAGUCUCAAAUUGAACGAAAUUGUGUACUAAAUGGGAAGAUAUAAAUGUGCAUACAACUGCGAAAACUCCAGUGAGUCAGAUGUGAAGUAUUUUAAGUUCCCCCUGUACAAUCCCCGAAAACUUAAGAAAUGGCUUAUCAACAUGAAGUGGAAGGACUGUACGCCAUCUCGCUUCUCUGCGCUGUGCAUCAAUCAUUUCGAGGAACAAUACAUUGACAGAACAGGCAAAUUUGUGAAACUUCGAGAAGAUGCAAUUCCCACCAUAUUUUCAUCCCCUGGCGACGCACAGAAAAGGAAGGCUUCCAGCAAUCUAAAAAGUAAGAGAUACAAGCCGCCUGGUGUUAAAGCCUCACAGACGAGUCCAGCACCGUCUCCAACAACGACUCCUUCCACGGCAAAGAGAAGAGUCCAGAACAAAGAGGUUAGCCAGACAGAAGAAGAGCCUGCCGGAGACAAAGAUCCAAAAAAGUCAAAUGACAAAUGGAGGAUUAUAGUCGAUGAAGGACUGAUGAAGAUAGAGUCAUUUCCACAUUUCUUCCAUGGAGAUUACUGUGUACCACGGAAUAUACAGUGGGCUCCAGAUGACAAUUUGAGUGCAGACGGUGAAGAUCCUGAGAAGGUGAUAGAGUGGCAGGUGAAAGAGGCGUGGCAGUGGCUCGGUCUGGAUGUCAGAGGUCCGCUGCCUCAAACGCUGAACGGGCACAAAUACAUCUUGACCGUGACGGACUACUAUUCCAAGUGGGUGGAAGCUGUGCCUAUGCAGUCGUGCCUCCCUCCAGAUGUGGCGAAGCAGAUCAUGGACGUCAUCGCCCACUUUGGAUACCCGUUCAGAAUCCUCUCCAGGCUGCCUCAUGACAUAGUCCAUAAAAUCAACAGAGAACUGAAAGAUCAGCUGAAGGUCACCAUCGCUCUUGUCGUCUAUCAUCAGCAGACAGGCACCGUGGAUUUGAUCACGCAGCAGCUGAUUGACAGGAUGGUAAGUGAUCUAGUAGAGGAGCAUGCAACUGACUGGGAUGUCUUCCUGCCUGCCAAAGUUUUCAGUCUGUGUUUCAAAGAGCAUUCAAAGACGAAGGAAAGGCCCUUCUCAGUGCUCUGCUGUAAGGGACUGGAGCCUGUCCAGACCCCCAGAGGACUGAAUUAUGCUUAUUCCAAGAUCCGAGAGAGCGCUUUCGUUGUUAGAUAAAUAUUUAUCUGCUUGAAUUUGGUGGCGCAAACGCACCAGUUGGAGGAAGAAGAAGAAGAAGAAGAAGAAGAAGAAGAAGAAGAAGAAGAAGAAGAAGAAGAAGAAGAAGAAGAAGAAGAAGAAGAAGAAGAAGAAGAAGAAGAAGAAGAAGAAGAAGAAGAAGAAGAAAUAAUAAGUGGUUGCUGUUGCUGGCUAACUAGUUUGAGAACCCACAUUUUGACAAAAGGAUGAUCAUACUUACAAUUUAGCACAAGAAAACGUAAGGGAUUGUGAAUCCUUGGGGGGGCUAUUCAGUUAGUUGCAAUCUGCAACCUCACCGCUAGAUGCCACUAAAUCCUACACACUGGUCCUUUAACGUUGUACUACAAUGAAUUUUCUUAAAAAUGCUUUAAGAAUAAAUUGCAGAAUGACAAAGCGUAAAGUUUGAUACCAGAGGGGAAGUCAAGAUCAUGACAAAUCAUGUCAUAAACAAACGUUUAGAAAGCUGUUAGUUUGAGUCUGAUUGUUUCAACAUUAUGUUUUACAUCAGGAUUUGUUUGUUGGCCUCCUGUUUUCCAUUCCACUAACUGAUCAUUCUUAAGAAACUGAAAGUAAGCUGUAGUCCAAACAUUUGAGUUUGCAAAUUAGGCUUCUUGGUCUUUUUUGUUUUUUUGCUUUAUAUGUAAAAUAUGUAAAUAAACUUUAAAUAAGAA